AUGAUGCAUUUUAUAUCGUUGCUUGGACGGGGCUCUGGAGAUGCGUCCAUUGAUCGGAGUGUGCAGCAAUGGAACUACGCCUGCCAGUCAUUAUGUAUCAUCGGCAUGACAGUUUUCUUUGGUCUUCGUGUUUUUACUCGGUUGUUUAUUCUCAACGGAUUUGGGAAGGAGGACUGGACAUGUACAGUUGCCUGGUUCCUCGGCGUUUGUUACUCAAUUAUUGCUCUCAUCAUGGGUCAUUAUGGAGGAGGUUUACACUGGUUGGACGUCCCGGAUGAGAACAAGAUUCCUUUCCAAAAGACUAUCUACGCAACAAUGGUCAUGUAUGGACCAACAGCCUAUCUCACAAAAGUGUGCCUUCUCUGGAUCAUGACUCGCGUUUUCAGUCCCUACCGAAAAACCAUCAUGUUUAUUAGGAUAUUCAUGGGAAUCAUGUUGGCCUACUACAUCCCGGCUGUCAUUGUCAAAAUCCGAAUCUGCAACCCCGUCGCUAAAUUCUGGGACCAAAAGAUCGACGGCUCAUGUCUAGACCAGACAUCAAUCAUUUUGGCCGACGCUGUCGUCAGUGUAGUCAGUGAUAUGAUCGUUCUCAUUUUGCCAUUACCAUUGACUUUGAAUUUGCAAAUGUCGACGAAGAGAAAGAUGCGGGUUAUGGGUAUUUUGGGAGCGGGUGGCCUGGCUGUUGCAGCCAGUAUCAUCCGACUGGCGCUCAUUGUCAUUACCGGACAGUCGAAGGAUGUUUCUCGUGCAUUUAUGAGAAUCAAUAUGCUAGGUAAUGCCGAAGUCUCCAUCGGCAUCAUCUGUACCUGCCUGCCAUCCCUAUCAGCACUCAUCAUCCGCAUCUACCACGAAUAUUCCAGUAACAAAGCAACUCUCGAGUCCGACUACAAAAUGGACACAAUACGGAAUCAGGGCACAAUGUACCGAAGCAAAAAUCCGAUGAGUGUUACGGGAACAGGCUCAGAUGAGGAUGUGCUCAUGUACAAUGCACAGGGAAAUCCGAAAAUUGAGACAAUCAUUCACGGUAAUAGUGAGAAAGGAAGUCCGAGAAGAUCAACAUUUGAAGGUAUAGGAGUGACCCGUUCUGUUAAUGUGUCAACCUCCGUUGAGGCUCGGCAGGAGGCUCGGUGA